GCCGCGUGGUUAUCUUUUCUCAGAAAGUGCAAGAUGAAGUUCAGUUCGUAUUUGCUGCUCACCAUCUUGGCAGUACGCGUGUCACCAGAGCCCCGUCGCCUGCCAAACAUCCAGGAGCCGCAGCACCACGUGGAGUUCUCCAAUGACACAGGCGCCAUGCUCAGUUGCGGCACCAGGGGGGACUAUGAGCUGGACUGGCUUCUCCUGGACAAUUCUCCCGUGACGUCACUGCCCGGUCUUCGGAGGGUCCUGUUGAACGGUUCCCUGGAGUUGGCCCCGUUCCCUGCUGACCGGUAUCGGCGGGAUAUCCACGCAACCACGUACAGGUGUAGGAUCAGAUUCAGCGGCGGGUUUGCGCUGUUGUCCAGGAAUGUGCAUGUUCAUGCUGUUAUCAACAUCCCUUGGGAAGUCCACGUGCCCGACGAGUAUGUGAUAGCUGGCAACUCAGCUGUUCUACACUGUGUCGUGCCAGCCCACUGCGCAGACAGAGUGGAUGAUGUGGAAUGGUUUACUGAUGACGAGAUCAGCGUCCUUAGAUAUUUAGGUACAAAAUACCAGCUCCUGGACGAUGGCUCGCUGUACAUCAGCGAGGUGAGCCCGGACGACCGGUACAACACGUUCCGGUGUCGGGUACGGGACCGGAUUACCAGAAAUUUGUACUCUAGUCAGUACUUCGGUCACGUAAUCGUGACGGAACCAAAAGGCGGCGUGAGGCCGCGGGUAGCAGUGGAGGCGCGGUCCCGUCGGGUGCAAGCCGGACAGGACGUCCGGCUGCCGUGCGCGGCUCACGCUUGGCCGGUGCCCAGUUAUAGGUGGUUUCGGGAUCACCACGAGCAGCUAAUACCCAUAGAGAAAACCCCUCUGUGGCAGCGGGCUAGUCUACUCGGCGGCGGUCUACUCAGUAUCCAGAGUGUGAGAAGAGAAGACUCCGGGAGAUUCGUGUGCUGGCUCAAUAACACAGUAGGAGUGGAGUCAGUCCACUUCACACUCAUUGUCAUAGAAACGAUCUCCGUCCGUGUGAAGCCCGAGCUGCUACGAACAAAAAUAAAUUCGGACAUCACAUUUGAGUGCAAAAUUUCUGGACAUCCUAUUGAAUUGGUCUACUGGGUACACGACGCAAGAGUUUUGAAAACUAAUGAUAGGGUAAAAAUCACGGAAGAGGGAUUAAGACUACAUAUCAAGAACACGCAAAGAGAAGAUGAGGGAUUUUAUCAGUGUUUUGGAAGCAAUACCAAGGAUCAAGCGUAUGGUAUUGGAGAAUAUGUUAUAAAUGUGACCGAAGGCCGGCCGCGGACUGUGGCGAAUCGCUCCAGGCGUGCCCCUUUCGCCCGAAGCUCACAUACACACGACACCGACUGGAAUUUCACUGGAACUAGAGAAUCUAAACCAGAGUUAGUGUACUGGUUCUCCGAGCAAACUCUUCAGCCUGGACCCAGCGUAUCUCUCAAAUGUGUGGCCAUGGGUCAUCCACCACCACAGUUUACGUGGCUACUGGAUGGAUUUCCUAUACCAACAAAUCCAAGGUUUGUGGUUGGCCAACACGUCACUCUACAAGACGACGUCGUCAGCCAUCUUAACAUCAGCAGAGUAACCGAACAAGAUGGCGGCGAAUACGCCUGUGUAGCGUCAAACACAGCUGGGAAGGCGAUACAUGCGGCAAGAGUGAACGUGUAUGGACUGCCUUACAUCAGAGAAAUGCCCAAAGUCACGGCUGUUGCUGGAAGCGAUUUGAACAUCAAAUGCCCAGUAGCGGGUUACCCUAUAGAGUCUAUAACAUGGGAGCGAGACGGGCAAACACUACCGCUGAACCGGCGUCAGAAGGUAUUUCCCAAUGGGACUCUCAUCGUGGAGCAAACUCAGCGAGGCGAAGACGCCGGCACGUAUACGUGCCAAGCGGCCAACAGGCAGCGACACGCCGCCCGCAGGGACGUCGAAGUGCAGAUAUUAGUCCAACCGAAAAUCUUGCCAAUUCAGCCGCUCACGAACCUACUGCGGGAAGGAAUGAGGGCCGCUAUAUCUUGCCAAAUUCUCGAAGGUGACUUGCCUAUCGCGUUUCGAUGGGAGAAGAACGGGCAGCCCGUGACGUCAUCGCCGUAUGCGCCCAGCGGAAUAAUUACUAGGAGAAUGGACGAGUAUAGUGCAUCACUGGUCAUAGAACAUAUAACUUCGCUUCAUAGCGGGAAUUACACGUGCAUAGCGUCAAAUGUGGCUGGUUCGGAAAGAUUUACAGUGCCGCUCACAGUUAACGUUCCGCCUCGAUGGCGGUUGGAGCCCAACGACGUGGCGGUGGCGGCGGGCCAGGACGUCACUCUGCAGUGCCAGGCAGAAGGCUACCCCAAACCUGCCAUUACGUGGAAGAAGGCUGUCGGCAAUACUCCAGGGGAGUACAAAGACUUCAUGUUUGAAGGCAGCUCGAGGGUUUUGGAGAACGGGUCCCUGGUCUUCGAGAGAGUAGCCAAAGACAGCGAAGGACAUUACCUAUGUGAAGCCAGGAAUGACAUAGGUGCUGGGCUAAGCAAACUGAUAUUUUUGAAAGUUAAUGCGCCUGCCCGUUUCCCGAUGAAGAGUAAAACUGUCCAAGUGACGGCAGGGGAGGCCGCUCACCUGCAAUGUGCCGCUUCAGGGGACGCUCCUCUUGAAGUCAGCUGGAGGAGUCCACAUCAUCACACUAUAGCUCAUCAUUUGGAUCAAAGGUAUACUAUACGAGAACAAGUGCUGGACGAUGGUUUAGUUUCCGAGCUCAGCAUAUUACAAACAUACAGACAGGACACCGGCGCUCUCACGUGUAGAGCGUCCAAUGCCUAUGGACAAGACGAGAUGCUCAUUCAUUUAGUUGUGCAAGAGGUACCAGAGAUGCCGAAAAAUAUUAGGAUAAUAGAUCAACAGUCAAGGUCCAUUCAAAUAUCUUGGACCCAACCAUAUGCGGGAAACAGCCCCAUCAUCAACUACAUUGUCCAGUACAAAGAGGCUCCAGAGCCUUGGCCAACAACUCCUCAAAAGGUCAUAGUUCCCGGGAGUGUGACGUCAGCAAGCGUACAAAAUCUGCAGCCGGCCACAUCGUAUCACCUACGAAUCAUUGCUGAGAACAGACUAGGGCAAAGCGAGCCGAGCCAACUGGUGCAGGUCACCACAACUGAAGAAGUGCCAAGCGGGCCACCUUUAGAUGUAAGAGUAGAAGCAAAAAGCUCAACAGAGUUGAUAGUGAGUUGGGAACCGCCACAGCGAGAUCUAUGGAAUGGAAAUAUUCUCGGAUAUUAUGUUGGUUUUCAAGAGCUCAACAGCAACAGCACCAUACUAAGUGCCAGCGGUCCAGGUGGUGCAUCAUACACAGUUCGCACUGUCGAAGGCGCGGGUACAGCCAGGGCCCGGACCACGCUCUCGGGGCUUCAGAAACAUGCCGCAUAUGCUGUCGUCGUGCAAGCGUAUAAUAGUAGAGGAGCUGGACCCGCGUCGCCUCCUACUACAGCUACUACUAUGGAAGAUGUACCAAGUCUUCCACCCGGAGCCCUUCAAUGCACAGCACUGAGCUCGCAAUCUGUUCGGGUAUCGUGGGAGCAGCCCCCGAUGCGAGGCCGGAAUGGCGUGGUCCAGGGUUACCGAGUUACGUAUGCUCCCGUUACUGAUUGGUAUGGCAAUGAAGAGGCAGUAACCAAGCAGAUAUCAGGUCUGCACACGACAUUAUCUGGACUGCGACGGUACACCAACUACUCUGUGACAGUCUGCGCGUUUACCGCGGCUGGGGAUGGCGUUAGAGCCGCACCAGUUUAUUGCCAUACCGAAGAAGACGUUCCAUCGGCACCAGCUGACAUAAAGGCGGUAGUGUCAUCGCGAAACAAGAUACUCGUGUCAUGGCUACCGCCCGCGGCUCCGAAUGGAGUCCUCGUUGGAUACACCCUGUAUAUGAGUGUCAUUGAAGAUGGUCGAGAAGAAGGUACUCACAAACGAAUGUUGUCUCCGAGCACCCUGUCUCACGAGACAGCGAGAUCUCCACCGCGAGCCACACAUCAGUUCUGGGUAUCAGCUAGCACUAGACUUGGUGAAGGAGAAGCUACUCGUGUGGUCACCGUUUUGCCUUCUGAUUCUGUUCCCGCAAGAAUAACAUCAUUCAGCCGCAGCAUAGUGACCCCGUGGAAGGAGAACAUUUCGUUAUCGUGCAACAAAGUGGGGUUCCCCACGCCCACUACCACGUGGAGCAUGAACGGUGCCACUUUAGAGUCUACCUUGCGGAAGAAUGUUACUUCUGAUGGCACUCUUAUCAUUAGCAUGACCCAAUACGCAGACAGCGGUAACUACACAUGUUCUGUGGAGAACGCUCACGGUCACGACGAGGUCACGUACAGCGUGGAAGUGAAGGUUCCGCCCCAACCGCCGGUGCUGGCCGUCGUCGACUCUUACGCAGACUCCUUGCAUCUCCAGUGGAGCGACCAGGGCGAUGGAGGCAGCCCUAUUCUUGGCUACGUGAUAAACUAUAAGCGCGAGCACGGCGACUGGGAGGAGCUGCAAGUGGAGUUGGGGACAUCGGAGCACGUGCUGCCGAAUCUGUGGUGCGGCACGCGGUACCAGCUGUACAUCACGGCGUUCAAUCGCAUCGGGACCGGAUUGCCAUGCGAUAUUGUUCAUGCCUAUACCAAAGGGACUGUGCCCGUGAAACCAAAGCACUCGCAGAUGAUAACGCUAAAUACGACUACAGUGACGGUGUGGCUGGACUCGUGGGGUGAUGGCGGCUGCGGCAUUCUUUACUUCGUCAUCGAGUACAGAGAGAUAAGCCAAUCUCAGUGGCGCCUAGUCUCAAACAGCGUACAAGCGACAGAAAGGGUAUUCAGCGUGACAGGACUGACUCCGGCCACUCAGUACCAGUUGAGAAUAACAGCGCACAACAAUGCAGGCCACGCUGUCGCCUUGUACAAUUUUACCACACAUUCUUUGUCUGGCAUGUUAGAUGGUGAACUUUCCCCUCCAGUCCCAGCUGCUGGUUCCAGAUCUUUAGGCGGCGCGCGUGUCAUUCUACCAGCAGCGUUAUCUUUACUAGUUCUCGGUGCUCUGAUAGCUAUUGUACUAUUAGUGAGAAGAAAUAAAGCCGGUGGCACAGAAACCGUUGCCACCGAGAGUGGGGUCGGCGAGUCGCCUUCUGUCGCGCAACUGCAAAACAAAGUGAACCGCGACCAACAAUACCUGGCCGCCAGGGCGCAGCAUCCCCCGCCGCAACAUCAUUACAAACAUGCAUCUAAUGAAUAUAUCGAAGACAUCUGCCCUUACGCGACUUUCCAACUGACAAAACCCACAGCGUAUAGCGAAAGCAGUUAUAGUGGCAACGUAUACAGCGGACCUUAUCACUCCGUGCGUGGUUCUUUUGUAUACCACGACCUUAAGCAGAAUGAUAAAUAUAAGGGCAAAGAGCCAGAAUACACAAAAGUACGAAGAAAAGGAAACAGACUCAGAGAUCCACAUUCAGAAAGUCAAGAGUCGGACAACUUGGGCUCAACGGACUCGGAGGUGAAGAAGAUACUAACGCUGCACCUGCCCAUUACAGAGUACGAGGACGACGCCAGCGACGACGCCAGCGCGCCGCAUUCCGACAGCGAGCCAGCCGCGAGAUUGCGGCCCGCGCAUCCUACCACUUACCCAUCAGUGGAGCGUGAAGAAUCAUCGUCUUCAUCGGAGAACUCUAUUGGAGGCGUCGUGCGUAAGGCCUUCCCAUCUCGAAAGGGCAAGGCCGGCGCGCUUGGCAAGAGACACGUCCGCUCUUCAAGCGGGUAUAGCAGCCACAACGAUGAAACCACUUUUAGUAUAUCAAACUACCCGUCAUUCAACGAACACAUCCAUCCUCCAUCGCGAUUCUCCGACGACACAGAAUGCGAGGGACAUCACCGGCGCAAGCGCGGGCCGCAUCCCCACCCAGACGGCAAAAUCACUAGAGAGGCGUUCCAGAUCAAUGUAUGAAAAUCGAACUUCAAAUUACGGUUAAAAAUUUGAAUUUCGAAGCUUUGAUAACUUCGAAGUAGAUGAGAUGUUUCAAGCUUUGUGAAAACAUAAAUAUGAAUUAAGAUUAAAUCACUAGUAGAAAAGGAAUGUAAACCAAUGAAAGGCCCAGUUAAUUAGUGAACCUUAAAGAAAAUUAGAUUAACGAAAUUGUUUCACUGAGUUUAUAGACACGGUUUAGUGAAAAGACCUACAAAAACCACGCACAUCAUUUUGAUUUGGUGGGCUAUUAUAGCUAAAUGCAUCUCGGUUAAGGAAUAUUAUAAAAGUGCCAAUAAAUAAAUAGCUUAAAAGAUUCAAAAUAUUGAACCCAUGGCAUUCUUUCGAUAAAAAAAAAUCUACAAAUUAAAUAUAUACGUACACAUUAUUUAAAACAUACGCUCUUCCUUUGAUGACGAAUGAAUAACGAUUGGAUAACGAAUACAUUACUUUUAAGAAAUUACUCAACUGACUAUGAUACAGUUGUAUAUCAAAUAGUUGAAUAAAGCACUUUGUAACGCUUUUAAGAAAUAGAUUUUCUAUAACUGUUGCCAAAUUCUAACAAACUUUCGUACUGUACAUAUAGAUGUAGAUAGAUAGGUAGGUAUAGCCAAAAUAAUUAUGAUAACUCUUAGUGCCAUACAAUAAUCAUUUUUGUACUCCAAAUUUGAGUAUUUUAUUAAUCUUAAAAUAUUACACGUUGAAUGCUCUAUGAGUAUAUUAUGACUGAACCAAACCAGUUAAUUCUUUUCGUUCAUGUAGCCUUAACCGAAAUCAUGAAAAAAUAGCAACAAAAUCUAUGAAGGAAAAUUAGGAAAACCAACAUCGCGACAUAAAAAUAAUUUUAACUUCAAAAAAAGGAGGAGGUUAACAAUGAUGAUGAUGAUCGAGAUAUAAAAUUUAAUAAAAAGUUGUUUUCAUACUAACAUAAGAAUUUUGUUUGGAUCUCUCGUAUGUACUCAAUGUUAUGUAAAUACUAUGUAAUUACAUGUACUUUCGACUAUCGAAUAUAAAUAAGGAGAACAAUAAUUAAAAUAUAAAAAAUAUAUAUUUUAAACUUAAUGCCUUAUUGACCAAAGUCUUAAAACUAGUUACGGAUGUAAUUUUGAGACAUUAUAUCCACUGUUUAAUACGAAUUGUUUGAUUGUUGUAAAGUUUAUGAAAACUAUAUGUUUUCAUCGAUUUAAAACUUGUCAUAACAGUAAAUUUCCGAGCUAUAAUGUAAUAAGACAUUUCAUUUCCUGUUUUAUGUCAUAUUCAAACUAUAGUCAAACUUUAUAUGAAAGCGUUUGAAAAGACGCUUACAUAAAAAAGCACGUC